AUGGCCAAAGGAAGAGUUUGUAGAUGCUCAUCUUUUAAAUUGCAUUACCUUGAAAUGACUGAAAUGGGAAGGAAAUACAGCUCUCUCCGCUUUUCCCAUGACUUGCUACUGGUAACCAAGAUCACUUCUCCCCAAACCUCCUCCAGUCCUACUAGCAAAAACUUAGAUAUACUGAAGCAAAGCAAGCAAGCUGAAAACACAAUGUUAUCUUUGUAUUGCAUCUUUAUUUGGCUUUUCACAAGGACAGGAGUCAAAGGAGACUCUGAUCUGUCAGGCUGCCCUUCUACAGAAAGCACCUGGAGAUACCGUGCAAGGAGUGGAGAGAAAUUUGUAUUAUUCUGUGAUAUUCCUAGACUAGGUCUCUGCAAUAGGAGAAAUCUUUCAAAGAAACAGGUGUGUGGCAGAACUGCAUACCAAGGGAUCAAUUGUUCAUCCGAGGUCCACUGGUUCAAACAACCUCAAAAUGGAUCGCAACCAUAUGCUAUUCAGAAUGACCAACGUCACAUCACAUGGAAAAAUAAUAUACUUCAGUUUUCACCAGUUGGUAUCACUGAUGCUGGGUCUUAUAUUUGUACAAUCAAGUUUAAACCAAAACUUGUAGUAGAUUCCAGGAAAUCCAAGGGGAUAACUUGUUUUCUUAAUAUAACCUUAGAAGUUCAGCCAAAGGAAAAGACAUCCUGUAUGGACUCUGUAAAAAAUGAGCUAUACCUUCUCAUUGGUAGCACUGAUUCAGUUCCUUGUCCUGGGGUGAACUGUGAGGGAGAUUUACAAAGGGAAGAUAUUACAUGGUACAAGAAUGGAAUGCUAUGUCCUAAUUGGAGAAAAACUAGCAUAGACUUUGAAGAAAUUUAUCAUCGAGAUCAUGGUGUGUAUAUAUGUGAUUAUAAACAGUUUAUUAACUCAACUUGGUGGAUAGUCAGAGCAGUUGUUGAAGUGAAAACCAUUGUGAAAAAUACUUCAUCCAUGCCAAUCAUUUUUGAUCCAACACAUGACAUAUCUACAUUGGAAGUGGAACUUGGAAAGCCGUUGACUCUUGAAUGCAAAGCACAUUUUGGUUUUGAAAGAAAUUUCAACCCUGUGAUAAAAUGGUACAUUGAUGACGCUGAGCUUAACAGAGAAGAACUAAGACAAGAAAACAAAAGUAUUGAAAACCAAGUGGAGUGGAAAACCAUACAUUACAUUGCCCACUUGAAGCAAGUAACCAAAAAGGAUCUACUGAGGAAUUUUAUAUGUUUUGCUCAGAAUUCUGUGGGGAAUGCUACACGGACCAUCAAGCUGAAACAGAAAAGAGGAGUGCUUUUCACAUAUAUACUAUUUGGCACCACUCUAACACUGGCGGUAAUCCUCAUGGCAAGUGUGUUCACCUGUCGUUACUGGGUUGAAAUAGUCCUUCUGUACCGAACUUAUCAAGCCAAGGAUGAAACUCUAGGAGAUAGAAAAGAAUUUGAUGCCUUUGUGUCCUAUGCUAAACAAGACUCCUUUGAUAGCCUGGGCCCUUCAUCUCUGAAUGAGGAAAGCUUUGCAUUGGAUUUACUCCCUAACAUAUUGGAAAAAAAAUAUGGAUACACCUUGUGUUUGUUUGAAAGGGAUGUAAUCCCAGGAGGAGCUUACACAGAAGACAUUGUGAAGAUCAUCAAGCAGAGUCGAAGAGUCAUUUGUGUCCUGAGCCCCAGCUAUGUAAGCAGCGCCAGUGUCUUUGAACUGCAAGCUGCAGUCAAUCUUGCCUUGGAAGACCAAACAUUGAAACUCAUUUUAAUUAAAUUUGCUCCCUUCAAAGAGCCUGCUUCUUUACCUCAUCGAGUAAAGAAAGCCCUUGCCGUACUCCCCACUAUCACCUGGAGAAGUUCAAAGUCAUCUGCUCCAAAUUCCCGAUUCUGGAACUGUGUCCGCUACCAUAUGCCUGUGAAAAACCACCGGGGAUUAGGAGAGAAAGUGUUCAAGAUUUUUCCAAGAAUUUUGUGAUAAAGAAAAAAAGAAGAAAAAAGUAUUCACUAUGAGAGAAACCACUGGGAGGUGCUACUGUCUCAAGGAAUGGUAAAGUCUGAAGAGCUGCCUCCUGCCUUCCCAAGGGAUUCAGGAGACACAUUGCAAGUUUUCCUAUAGGCCUGUUGCUUUGCGGGCACAGCAACAAGCCGAGCACAGCACUGCAUAACCUUAAAUUUCUUUCAUUGGAGAGGGUGCACAUUCCCAAACCCCAUGUUGCCCAUCAUCCAAGGGUUCUUGUCUUUUUCCCCUCUGAUGUGGGAGUGAAUUCAGCAACAGGAAAGGAGAUUACAAACGCUCAUCUAUGUUGCCCUUUAAAAUGACAAGUGGAUAUAGUGUAUACAUGUUGUUGAUUUUUUGUCUAUUAACAAAAUCAAAUGAAGGUUUUGCACUUGAAAUGAUUAUGACCCUAGCUGAAGACUUCUUGCUGGAGUUACUGCUCAUUGCUCCACUGGAUAGCUUUGGUGUGUUGGGAGGAGGGUGUGUAGAUGGGCAGGCUGGUGGGUGUGACCACAAGUCAGAGUCAGGACUGAAAUGGCCUUAAAUACCCAAGCCAGUGACUAACAAGAUAAGCAGCCAGGAGGGCAGGUUUCAGUACUAGGGAAACAGCAUGACAGAGUGGAAAGGACACUGGUCUAUGAGGGAAAAGAUGGAAGUUGUAGUCUAAAGCUGGCUACUAUGUUAAUUUUUAAAGUUUGUUACUUUAAGCAAGCAAUACAUUUCUGUACAUCAGUUUCUUCAUCUAUAAAAUGAAAGUAGCACUAUAUAAGCACAAAGGGCAGUUCCACUUCUGAGAUUUGAUGACCAGGAGUCAGAAAUGGAGAACAGAGGAAGACAGCAAGGAUGUGCUGGAGUCAGCUCUCAACAGUUUGGGAGAACUGAUUGUUACAAUUUCAGGGUGGGCAUUUAUACCUUGGAAAUCAGCAAACGCUACACAUCAGGGCUUGGUUUGUUAUUUUGUUGAUUUUGUAGAUUUAAGAAAACAAUGGAGAAAAUGUUAAUAAUGUAAAUUAAACUUAAAAGUGUUUUGCGUGUCUUUUUUUUUUUUAAUUUUUAGAGAGCCAGUUGUCAAAUGCCACUGGGUCUGGGAUUCAGGCAAGAAUGUGUUUUUGUUUUUGUUUUUUGAAUAAUGUGCAGGACAGACAAAUGCUAGGCAAAGAGUUUAACAGAAACAGGGUAUCAGGAGCAAUUCAUUACAUUUACAUGCCCUUAUCUAGUUUACAAAGAACUUUCUCAUCACUUCACAAGAUCCUCAGAAUAACACAGUGAACUACGCAAAUUAGGGUUUCAUGGGAAGGAGCUCAUCAAUCAGUCAACAAGCAUUCAAGAUGUAUCUACUGUGCUCUAGAUUGUGUGUUAAUUGCUGGAGAUACAAAGGCAAAAAAUGAAACAGUCCUUACCUUCAAGGAGUUUGCAUUCUACCCAGUGAGAGAGAACAUACACAAGUGAAUAUGUACAAGGGAUAGGGACUAGACCACAAUAAGUUGAAGGAGGUGAGAAUGUUCAGUGUAGUUGUAAUCAAUACAAAAUGCUUAGAA